UGAAGAUCUGCCCCUUAGUCACUCGUGUGCCUCUCUCACCUACCUCUGUCCCACUAUCUCUCUUCUCCUUCAACUCUCCAACAUGGGCAGCACGGAGCCAUCCAUUGACAAGGCCGAGGCAGGGGUCACGCCUGCAGCGCCACCCGCCGGCGUCUCAUUCUUCAGUCCUGCCCUAUCACAGGUCCGACGUCAUGUCUUCCUCCACUGGGCCAAGACAGUUUUGAUCCUCUGCACCUUCAUUCUGGCAAUUCUGUCGUUGUUCUGGGCCGUGCAGUACAAGCUCGAGACGCGAUUCCAUAACCUGACUGUCUGGGUGGUGGAUUUCGACGGCCAGGUCGAGCCCUAUCGCAACACCACCCCCGUCGUGGGCCCGGCCAUCACCCAGGUCGUCGAGGAGACCCUCCAAACCAACCCCGAGGCAUUGGGAUACACGAUCAAAUCGCCCGCGGACUUCAAUUAUGACCCAUGGGCGGUGCGCCAGGGCAUCUACGACGAACACGCCUACGCCGCCAUCAUCAUCAACGCCAAUGCGACGGCCCUGCUCCAGAACGCCGUCACCAGCGGCAACACCUCCUACGACCCGUACGGGGCCGCCGAGUUCGUCAUCAUCAGCGCCCGCGACGAAGCCACGUACUACAACUACAUCCUCCCGGAGUUCUGGACGCUCGAACAAUCCGUGCGCAGCUACUUUGGGCCGCGCUGGAUCCAGAACCUCACCACCACCACCACCACCACCAACUUCACGCAAAUCCCUCCGCAGGCCCUCAACCCCGCCAUCGGCAUCACGCAGAUCGACCUGCGCUUCUUCGGCCCAGCCGUGAUCUCCCCGGCCACCAGCAUCGGACUGAUUUACCUGAUCAUCCUGGCCUUCUUCAACACCCCGUUCAUGAUGCCGGUGCACCUGCGGUUCCUCAAAACCCCGAACAGCCCCUCCCUGAAGAUCCCGCACUGGCUCCUCUGGCGCAUCCUCUCGAACAUCGGGACCUACUUCUUCCUCUCCUUGUUCUACAGCCUCGUCUCCCUCGCCUUCCAGAUCCCCUUCGCCAACCCGCCCGCCUCCCCCGUCGAACCCGCCACCAACCCCAACGCCUACGGCCACGGCUCGUUCGUCGUCUACUGGAUGCUGAACUGGGUGGGGAUGUGCGCCCUGGGCUUCCCGUGCGAGAACAUGGCGAUGAUCAUCGGGCUGCCGUGGAGCGCCCUGUUUCUGAUCUUCUGGGUGAUCACCAACGUCGCCACGGGGUUUUAUGCGAUUGAUCUCGCCCCGCGGUUUUUCCGGUGGGGGUAUGUGUGGCCGUUGCAUCGGAUUGUCGAGGCCCUCCGCACCAUCCUCUUCGACACGCACUCGCGCAUCGGACUCGACUUUGGGGUCUUGUUUGUGUGGAUCGCCGUGUCGAUUCUGUUGUUUCCGGUGGCGGCGAAGUUUAUGCAGUGGAAGCAGAAGAGGGGGUGGGCUUGAGCGAGCAGUUGUGGUUGAAUGGUAGGUUAGUGGUGGGAAGGAGUAUACCUUGUGUAUGGAUUCAUAGAUUGGGAUAUUUUGGUAAUGGGAUAUACUAGAACACUUAGGUAAAAAAAAGACUAGGUCUGGUUCAU